UUUGUUUGCUAUUUCGAUCUUGAAGUGGUAAAAUUCAAAAUAUGCCAUUCUGCUCUUAUACUAUAAUUUUGAGUGCUUAAUAAAAUAUUUACGCUAACAUUUUCAAUUUCAUACUUGUAGUUUAACUGUAUUUAUGUCUGCAAUUUUUAAUUGCGCUUUUGUGGUUAAUAAUUGUGUUUAUUAUAAACAAUGGCGCAUAUACUAGAUUUACCCAAAGAAAUACUUCUCAUUAUUUUUAACUACAUCCUUCAAUCUGAAAACCAAAAAUAUUUUUUAUCUUCAAUCUCAAAGGUUUGCAAAGCAUGGGAAUUGGUCUGUCAAGAUGCUCAUUUUUGGCGUAAAAUUGAUGGAUCUUUGCCACUAAAUGCUUUGUUUGGAAAAAGCAAAAAUGGCUCUUUCCUUAAAACUGAAGAAUUAAUUUGUGGUCCAACGGUUAAUUUAAACUAUUUUGAAAAUUUAGAUGAACUGUUUGCUGGAAUGCCGAAUUUAAAAUCAAUAAAUUUCUCUAAAGUUCUGCAUUUAGACAAACAAGUAAUCAAAUGUCUUAAAAAACACUGUAAAAAUGUAUCUUCAAUAAAACUUCCAAAAAAGGAUAUUUCAAUUACUUUACUCGAUGAACUAUUAGAAAAUCAUGGGCAGAAUUUAUUAGUUUUAGACUUAUCAGGACAAUCAUUCAAUUUAAAGAAAGCUCUGCUUGCAGUUUCAAAAUCUUGUUUCAAUCUUGAAGAGCUCGUACUUCAAAAUGUAGAUUGUGUCAAUGCAUUUCCUUUAAAAGAAAUUCAAGAAAACUGUUCUAAGAUGAAAGUGUUGCGAUUGGGUAUGCCUAUAAAAUUCUCUAAAUAUUCAAAUUCUGAAAAUCUUCCUGGUUUUCCUAUGCUAGAGGUGUUUUCUCAUCCGAAUAUUGAACUAUGUGAUAGAUAUAAUCAACCUGGAAGCUGCGAGUUUUUUGAUAAAGAUUUGCGAAAUCUACUUUCAAACUCACCUUUACUAAAGUUAUUGGAUAUAAGAGGUAGUCUAUAUAUUACUGUUAAUGGGAUUUUAGCAUUGCCGGCCACUCAUGUAGAAAGUUUAUAUUUAUCUAUGUCUAAACUUUGUUUAACGGGAAAUAUCCUUGAAAUUUUGAAUAAGUGGAUCAGAAGCCUUCGUAGCGUGGACAUUUCAAGAAUGACUUCAUUUCGUAUAAAUGAGGUAUUGGUUGAUGUAACAAAAAAUGGUAGAAUGAUUAAUUUAGAGCAGUUAGAUUUAAAUAACACAAAGAUCAAUGCAGAAACAAUUAUUAAGAUCAUAGAGAACUGUGCAAAUCUCAAUUCUGUCAACUUAUCAUCUUGUCGAGAGGUCGGUAGAGGUUGCAUGCGUGAAUUUAAAAAUAGAUCUGAUUUGUUAAAACUACAUGAAAAGCUUUUAUGUCGACUUAAUGAAUAAAUGUUUUUAGCUGUUUUAUAGCAAAUAUAAAUUGUAUCAAAUACUAUUUUAUCAUAACCAAUAGCACAUGUAAACUUAUAAAAAGUAAUCUGUAUAAAAUAAAAUUUUAUCUUUGUCAGUUAUAUUAGUGGAAAUUUAUGUGGUAAUUUGAUUAAAAUAUAAUUUUAUCUUAACAGGCUACAUUUUUGGAAAUGUUAUGAGUAGUCUGUAAAAUAUAGAAUUUUAUAUUAACCAGCUACAUGUGUGAAAAUUAAUGAAUGAGGCUUUAAAAUGGAAUUUUAUCUUUUCCAGCUACACAUCUCAAAAUUUAUGAUGUAAUCUAGAAAAUAUAAUUUUAUUUUUGUUAGCUACAUAUGUGUGUGGAAAUUUAUGAGGUAGCCUGUAUAAAGUACACUUUUAUCUUUCCCAGCUACACACCUCAAAAUUUAUGACGUAAACUAGAAAAUAUAAUUUUAUUUUUGUUAGCUACAUAUGUGCGUGGAAAUUUAUGUGGUAGCCUAUGUAAAGUAGAAUUUUAUCUUUGCCAGCUAUAUAAGCAAAAAUUUAUUCACUUAGUCAUAGUCUGUAUAAAAUACAAUCCUAUCUUUGCCAGUUACAUAUGCGGAAAUUUAUGACAUAGUCUGUAUAAAAUAUAAUUUUAUAGAGAACUAUGUGAAAGUAUCAAUUGUAUAAACUUUUCUUCUAGCUAAGAGGUCAGUAGAGGUUGCUAGUGAGACUUUAGAGAAAAGUAUGAUUUGUUAAGGUUAUAUGAAAUACUUUUGUGUUGGCUUAAUAUUAAUUUAUUGCUAUCUUAUAAAUUGUCAAAUUUGUGAUGGUAAUUAUCUGAUUGCCUUCAAAAUAUUUAUAAUAAAAAUAAGAGAAGAAA